ACCGCGCCAUCUAGCGGUGAAAGAGCCCUAUGUUUUGUAACGCUUACCCCAAGUCUUUUGUAACCUAGAGCUCCUCAUACAUGAGCAGUGAGCGAUAGCUUUGACUAUAGCACGAUUUAAAGAACAUACAAUUGAAAACCAGUCCAGACAACAGCAUGACCUCCUCGGUUCCCAAAGUGAGGCUGGCAGGAGGUCUGGAGAUCUGCCGGGUCCUGAACGGGAUGUGGCAGGUGUCCGGAGCUCACGGAACCGUAAACAAAACCAAAGCAGUUGAGGCCAUGCAGGCCUAUGUUGACGCUGGACUGACCACAUUCGACAUGGCAGAUAUUUAUGGACCUGCAGAAGAAAUAUAUGGACUGUUCAACAGCCAGCUGAAAUCCUCAGGAAGUGCCCCCCCAGCUCUGCAGGGUCUAACGAAGUAUGUCCCCCGGCCAGGACCGAUGGAGCUCAAGGUGGUGGAGAAGGCGCUGCAGCGCUCCAUGAGUCGAAUGAAGGUGGACACCCUGGACUGUGUUCAGUUUCACUGGUGGGACUACAAAGACAAGAGAUACCUAGAUGCACUGGGCCACCUGUCUGACCUGCAGCAGGAGGGAGUCAUACGUGAACUUGCCCUCACUAACUUUGACACGCAGAGACUGGAGGAGAUCACUAACAAGGGCAUCUGUAUCUCCAGCAACCAGGUUCAGUACUCUCUGAUAGACCAGCGACCUGCAGCGAGGAUGGAGCAGUUCUGUGUGGCCAACAAUAUAAAGCUCCUCACAUACGGAUCGCUGGCUGGCGGCCUGCUCUCUGAGCAAUAUUUGGGAAAGCCGGAGCCCAGCUCGCGGGCGGAGCUCAACACGGCCUCCCUGUCCAAGUACAAGAACAUGAUUGAUGCUUGGGGUGGCUGGACUCUUUUCCAGGACCUCCUCGUCGCCUUGGAGACAAUCGCCAAGAGACAUGAAUGCUCAGUGGCCAGUGUGGCAACACGUUACGUGCUGGACCGCCCAGCUGUGGGCGGAGUCAUCAUCGGAUGUCGGUUUGGCGUCGCAGGGGCGGGGCUCCACAUCAGCGACAGCCUGCGCAGCUGCAGCCCCGACCUGAGGCUGACAGCGGAGGAUCACGCAGCCAUCGAAGCCGUCACACGGCGUUCCAGGGACCUCAUGGGGCUCAUUGGAGACUGCGGGGAUGAGUACAGGAGCUGAGGGGGGCGGGGUGGGCUGACAGACUGGAUCUGACAGGUCAGUGAGGAUGAGGAGGACAAGAGAAUAUAGAAUAACUUCUCAGGGAAUAAAUUCAUUACAAUCUGUUUGCGUUGUUUAAAAGUAUAAAGAUUUUCUUGUUUUACAAUAUUUGAAUUUCACCAAAAUCUUUGGUUCAGCUUUAAAACUUGCUUAGAUUAUCACCUUUAAAUCAAAGCCGAAGACUUUCCUCAUUUCAAUGUUGAGCCUUUUUCUUUUUUUCAUUAUUUUCUCAGCCUCUGAUGUAUUUUUUAAACCUAUUUCUUGUCUAUAAUUUAUAUAAAGCACUAUGUAGCUAAGGCUUCUAAAGAUGCUAAAUAAUUGAAAGAUAUUCCAUUUGCGUAUUUUGAUGUCUGCAUAACGUAACUGCUUUGAAAAGCCACUGGUUUAGCUUUGGACGCCCUGACAAAAAAAUCCACCACAACCACACAAGAACUGAAUAAUCAAGGAUUAAUUUAAAAUGUUCAGCUUUUGUUAAAGUCACAAUGCUGAUUUAUUACAGUUUAACGUUUUAAGUUAAUCGCUUAAUCGUACAUUGAUCAUGCUUUCAUAGGGAAUAUGCAAAUGUGGAUGUUUGCUGUUGUAAUAAAGUACAUUUUAUUCAAAGCAUAAAAA